AUGUCAGCCAUUGCUGCAGUACCCAUCAACGAUCUCAAGACCCAGAAAUAUGAUAGACAAUUGAGAUUGUGGGCUUCCACAGGUCAAACAGCUUUGGAGAAUGCCAAAAUCUGCCUUCUGAACGCGACUGCAACCGGCUGUGAAGUGUUAAAGAACCUUGUCUUGCCUGGCGUUGGUAACGUUACCGUGAUUGAUGAUACCAUUGUCAACGACACCGACUUGCGUUGCAACUUUUUCCUCGAGCCAUCCAGCAUUGGACGAUCACGCGCCGAAUGUACAGCAGCUUUAUUGGCAGAGUUGAAUGAAGAUGCAUCCGUCACUUCAAUGCAUAAAUCACCCACCGAGCUUAUCCACAAUCAGCCCGAGCUCUUUGACAAUUUCACAAUGAUCAUCGCUACGAAUCUUCACGAAAAGGACAUGUUGACACUAUCCGAUCUAUGCGACCAUUCAAAGAUCACCCUUAUCGCUGUAUCCAGUAAAGGUCUUUGCGGAGUAUUCCGUAUUCAGGCACCAGAACAUCCAGUCAUUGAUACUCAUCCUGAAAACGCGGUUGAUUUGAGAUUGGGUUGUCCUUUCACGGAGCUCUUGGAUUAUGUGGAUACGAUUGAUUUGGAUCAGCUCGAUCAGACAGACCAUGGUCAUGUUCCUUUCGUUGUCAUCCUAUUGAAAUACGUCAACGAAUGGAAGCAACAGCAUGACAAUCAACCUCCUGCUAGUUACAGUGAACGCAAUCAGUUGAAGGAAUGUAUACGAAAAGGCAUGCGCACAGUGGAUGAAGAGAACUUUGAAGAAGCCUUAGCCAACGUUUGGCGCUUAGCAACCACAAACACGAUCUCGUCCAAUGUACGCAAUAUUUUCGAUGAUCAAAGCUGCGAGAACCUUUCCGCACAGUCAAAUGCAUUUUGGAUUGUCGCACGAGCCAUCAAGGACUUUGUUUCCAAUGAAGGACAUGGCCAGCUACCACUUUCCGGGAAGCUACCUGAUAUGAAAUCAGAUACUCCAAGAUAUAUGGCACUACAAAACAUUUAUCGUCAAAAGGCAUUAUCUGAUUUGGAAGCGGUCAAGAGUCGAGUGCGGAACUUGUUACGAGAGAUUGACGUGCCCGAAGAUACUGUGCCUGACAAGAUGAUUGAUGACUUUUGCAAGAAUGCUGCUCAUAUUCAGUUGCUCCGUUACCGAACACUACGUGACGAGUAUGUAACUGCACCUUCAAAAGACACCAUUGCAAACACAAUCCAAAUGGAUGAAAACAUGUAUUAUUACUUGAUAUUCAGAGCAGCUGAGCGGUUCUUUGAUAAGCAUGGAAGAUAUCCAGGGGCACAAGGUGGCACCAACUCUACGGAUGUUAAUCUCUUGGAACAAGAAACGCGAAGCCUGAUGGAAGGACUUGGACUUGCAAUCGAAGAAAGCGAUGCAUUCAAAAAAGCUGCGAACAACUUUGUCCGGUUUGCCGACCAAGAAACAGCCAAUAUUGCAGCAUUGAUGGGUGGUUUGAUUGCACAGGAGGCAAUUAAAAUGAUCACAUCCCAAUAUAUACCCAUCAACAACACCUGCAUUUUCAAUGGCAUUGCAUCCACCAGUAGUGUUUGUGAAUUGUAA